CAGCGGCGGCGGCGAGUGGCCAAUCACAGGAGCGCUGGAGCGUGACGCAGCACACGCACGCGAGCCCCACGGACGCCUAUGGCACCAUCGAGUUUCAUGGGGCAGGACACUCAAACAAGGCCAUGUAUGCACGUGUCUCCCUGGACACGAAGCCGGAGCUGCUGCUGCAGCUGCUGCUGCGUGAGUGGCAGAUGGAGCUACCCAAGCUGCUCAUCUCGGUACACGGAGGACUCCAGAACUUCGAGUUGCAGCCCAAACUCAAGCAGGUGUUUGGGAAAGGUCUCAUUAAAGCUGCCAUGACGACAGGAGCUUGGAUCUUUACUCAAGGAGUCAACACAGGGGUGAUCCGUCAUGUUGGUGAUGCCCUCAAGGACCACUCGUCUAAGUCUCGGGGGAAGAUCUGCACUGUGGGACUGGCACCUUGGGGCAUCGUGGAGAACAAAGAUGACCUUGUGGGGAAAGACGUGGUGCGCCCCUAUCAGACCAUGUCGAACCCGCUGAGCCGUCUGACGGUGCUCAACAGCAUGCACACCCACUUCAUCCUGGCCGACAACGGCACGGCCGGGCGCUACGGGGCCGAGGUGCGCCUCCGUCGGCAGCUGGAGAAGCACGUGUCUCUGCAGAAGAUUAACACUCGCAUCGGCCAAGGCGUGCCGGUGGUGGGCCUGGUGGUGGAGGGAGGCCCCAACGUCGUCUCCAUCGUGCUCGAAUAUCUCCGUGACGCUCCGCCCGUCCCCGUGGUGGUCUGUGACGGCAGCGGACGCACCUCGGACAUCCUCGCCUUCGCCCACAAGUACUCGGAGGAGGGCGGGGUGAUUAACGAAUCACUGAGGGACCAGCUGCUGGUCACCAUCCAGAAGACGUUCAACUACAGCCGCAAGCAAGCGCAGCACCUGUUCAUAUCCCUCAUGGAGUGCAUGAAGAAGAAGGAGCUGAUCACGGUGUUCCGCAUGGGGUCGGAGGGUCACCAGGACAUCGACCUGGCCAUCCUCACCGCCCUCCUCAAAGGUACCAAUGCCUCCGCUCCGGAUCAGCUGAGCCUGGCUCUGGCGUGGAACCGCGUGGACAUCGCUCGAAGCCAGAUCUUCGUUUAUGGUCAGCACUGGCCGGUCGGCUCUCUGGAGCAAGCUAUGCUGGAUGCGCUGGUGAUGGAUCGUGUGGACUUUGUCAAGCUGCUGAUAGAGAAUGGAGUGAGCAUGCAUCGCUUCCUUACUCUGUCUCGUCUAGAGGAGCUCUACAACACGAAACAAGGACCUUCCAACACUCUCUACCACGUGGUUCGAGAUGUAAAGAAGGGUAACCUCCCCCCAGACUACCGCAUCAGCCUCAUCGACAUCGGCCUCGUGAUGGAAUACCUCAUGGGUGGAGCCUACCGCUGCCACUACACCCGCAAGCGCUUCAGAGCCCUCUACAACAACCUGUUUGGACCCAAGCGGCCCAAAGCUCUCAAGCUGCUCGGCAUGGAGGUCUGUCUCCCGUGUCCGCGUGUCUCCUCCGCCUGUCCGGCUGUCUCCACGUUCCGUCUCCCUGUGUCCGACAACUCUCAUUUCUGUCCCGGCUCCACCACCACGUGGAGGAGCCGCAGCUCCGCCACCACCAGAACAAGCGGAGGAAGAGGAAGCGUGAGGAGGAGGUGGACAUCGACAUGGACGACCCCGAGGUCAACCACUUCCCUUACCCCUUCCACGAGCUCAUGGUGUGGGCCGUGCUGAUGAAGCGCCAGAAGAUGGCGCUGUUCUUCUGGCAGCACGGCGAGGAGGCUAUGGCGAAGGCGCUCGUGGCGUGCAAACUGUACAAGGCCAUGUGCAGCGAAGCGUCGCUCACGGACGUCGUGGAUGA